GGUGCAAAUGCCAUACAACUUGGGAACAGUCAAUGCCCGAACUCGACCACUUUCACCGAGAAGGAAUUGAAAUUAUACUCGGAUUGUACAGGUACAUCCGUUAACCCGGCCGAUUCGCCGUUAUGGGAGCUGUUACUUUACGCGGUGCUUUUCUCGGUCCUUUUUCCUAUUGGGUAUUUUGCCAACGAAGCAUAUAAUCGUUACUCUGCGCGGUCGGAGGAAGCUUCUCAUGUUUCGCACAAUACUGGUAAACGACUCAAACGUCGAUUAGCAGCUCACUGCAAGGAAAGUUACGAAUGUGAAACCGAUUGCGAAGAGGACUGCGUGGAAACUGAACAAGAUGAAACUUGAAACGCACAAGUGAUGCUGCCUUGAGAUGAUGAACAUCAGCUGUGCUCGCUUGCAAAAUCACAACCGCAUUAUCCCGAUUCGCCCAUCGGAUCCAGUCGGUACAGUUCAGAACUUGAGGAAGAAUAUGAAAGCAAUUACGAAAGUCAAGAAAACUAGGAAAACAGAAGUUACGAGUCGUUGUACAUGAGUGAUGAUGGAGUCGGGCGUUUGGAGAGGACCUAAUCGUGAUCGAAGCUGAGAUGAAUAUAUUAUUUGGUACUAUGUUUCUGGCGACAUUUUGGAUAGAGAUGCAGUGUCUACCAAAAGAUCCUAAUCCGAUGUGUGAUGUUAAACAAACGAAGCAUCAUACUCUUCUGGCAAACUGUUCACUUUUGACUACUGACGUGAACAUCGUUCCGCGAGAUUUAAGCUCUGAAAUAGAAGAAAUGAUAAUAUCGACUCAGUAUAUAAACGCGUCAGAAAUCUCGAACGAUUUAUUCAAACACUACGUAAAAUUGAAGAGACUCGAAUUAAGCGAUAUCUGGGGAAAACGUGACAACCAGUCAUCGUUGCUUAUGGUGUUUCACGAGGAUGCAUUUUCGAAACUCGAGAAGUUAGAGAAGCUAACCAUACAUAAGGUCAAAUUUGACAAAAAUGCGGAUUUUAUAUGGCCUCCAAAUUUAAAAAGAUUGGAAUUGACCAUAGUAGAAUUACAGCAACUCGUCAAUACCAAAUCAUUGACCAACUUGGAGUAUCUAGAUUUAUCGAAUAAUAAACUAGAGCAAUUUCCAAAGCUGAAUGAAAAAGCUUAUAAGCUAGAUACUAUUAUCUUGAAGGAUAAUCCUAUUGCUAUGAUCACAGUGGAACAAGUGGCGCCCUAUUGUUUGCUAACCACUUUGGAUCUCGCAUUAACGAAAGAGGCCAAUUUUACCAAAACCGGUGUAGAUUUUUGCCCCUGUCUGAGACUUCUCAAUUGGCUGAAGAAAAAAGUCCCCUCGAGUGAAGGCAUCAAACUGGAAUGCGGAUCGAUUGGUAGCGGUGCAAAUGCCAUACAACUUGGGAACAGUCAAUGCCCGAAUUCGACCACUUUCACCGAGAAGGAAUUGAAAUUAUACUCGGAUUGUACAAGUACAUCCGGUAACCCGGCCGAUUCGCCGUUAUGGGAGCUGUUACUUUACGCGGUGCUUUUCUCGGUCCUUUUUCCUAUUGGGUAUUUUGCCAACGAAGCUUAUAAUCGUUAUUCUGCGCGGUCGGAGGACGCUUCUCAUGUUUCGCACAAUACUGGUAAACGACUCAAACGUCGAUUAGCAGCUCACUGCAAGGAAAGUUAUGAAUGUGAAACCGAAUGCGAAGAGGACUGCGUGGAAACUGAACAAGAUGAAACUUGAAACGCACAAGAUGAUGCUGUCUUGAGAUGAUGAACAUCAGCUGUGCUCGCUUGCAAAAUCACGACCGCAUUAUCCUGAAUCGCCCAUUGGAUCCAGUCGGUACAGUUCAGAACUUGAGGAAGAAUAUGAAAGCAAUAACGAAAGUCAAGAAAACGAGGAAAACAAAAGUUACGAGUCGCUGUACAUG